CGUGCCUGUUCUACUCUUUCACUGGCGCAGUUCUGGAAGUACCGAGGCAAAGGAAUGAAUGCAUAGUCAGCCUCCGUCCAAGGGAGCAGGAAAGGAAACUCCUACAUUACAACACGACACAACGGGACAAAGUGCUAUUGCUGCUGAUUGCUGAUAAAAAGGACUGUACGGAUUACCAAAAAGCAGCAAUUUUGGACGUGCUUGUUUUCAAGAACAAAUUGCAUUACUGGUAUUUUAUGUUAGGAUUUUUUUUUUUUUCCGAAGAGAAAACUACAGAAUUCUUCAUGACAAACUAUUAAUAGUCUGAAACAAAUUACCGAGCUACGACUGAGACUUUAUUUAAAACAAACAACUGCAUUGAAUUGUAAACCGCAUACAGUUGCUUGUCUGCAAUGAUGAAGUUCCAUCAUUCAAACAAAUCGGAAGUAGCCAUUUACAGUAACUUUAUGCCUUCAUAAAACAUAAUUAAAAAACAAAACAAAACAAAAACAACCCCACACAAACAUAUUUUUAGGGACAAGCAUCCUGUAACUUGUGCCGUUUUAUUAAGGAAAAUACUUGCGUCAGUCUUUCAAGAAAUGUAAUGAGAUGUCAGCCGCCUUCUGCAUGUUGUUUUUGGUGACUUAACGGUUUUCCCAAGAUGUUUACCGGUAUGAUGAGGUUGGAGGGCCUGGGCUCUUCCUCCAGUCCCAACAGUAACAGAGCACGCAGCCUUCCGCUACACUCUGCUCGCUGCAGCGGAGAAGAUGAGUCUGAAGUAGUGCCUCCAGGGACCAGUUCCCGCAAAAAGAUACUUCACAGGAGACCGGGUUAUAUGAGAGGAGAGCGACAGAAAUGCUUACAAUUUACAGAGGAAGAAAAUAGCAAAAGACCCUGCCAGCAACCUGGGAUGAGUAGAAAGACUUAUUCAGACAUUCAGAAAUAUGGUCUUGGGACUUGUCAAAUGCUUAACCUAAAGGAGUCCGUAGAUACUGACCACCACACUGUACAAUAUAGCAAUCCAAUGGCAGCUGCCGAUUCUGUACUAAAUAGCUCUAGCACUAUAACCUUGCAUUUGUCCUCAGUUGUGAAUGUACCAGCAUGUAUGCAUCAGUCCUUGUCAAACAGCAGCUGUAGAAAUGGACCUUGGCCAUGUGAAUGUCAGACAAAUCAACAGAAUAACAAACUCCUUGAAAGGAAACGUAAGAACAUGAAAGUGGAAACUGCAUUGCAGGAAAUGCCGUGUACAUCUUCUAAGGAAAACUGUAAGGAGACUUUGGAUUCCGUGGAUGACACUUUCAACUCGAGCUUUAGUUUUAUACAGAAUUCUUUGAAUUUGAGCCAUGGGGUGGGAAAUGCAGGAAAUUAUUCAAAACACUUGUCUGCGGUCGGCCUGGAAGAACCGACAAUAUUACAGGACGAAACACAUUGCGGUUUUUCCAAAAUGGAUAAAACAGAUCAUUUCUUCAGCAAAGACCUGUGGACAGACAUUGAGAGAAUGUCUUGGCAGUACAAUCAGAUUGACCAAAGUCAACCAAUCACAGAUGCAGAUAUGAAACGGAGACUGGAGGACUCGGACACGUUCUCCGUUGACACUGAAGCCAUGUUCUCCAUCUCUGUGGAUACCUCAGAUGCAGUGUCUGCUGGAUCAUCUGUCACCUCGGGCUACGAGAGCAGCACCAGUAAUACUGAUCAAACCUGGGAUGCAGUGCUGAAGAAAUACGAUGGCUUCCUGCAAGAAUGUCUGCAAAGUAACCGAUUUAACAUAAAGAUUGAGGCCUCAUUGUUAAAGCUCCAGAAACUUCAGGAGAAGGCAGUACAAGAGGAUGACUAUGACAGAGCUGACAAAUUCCGAAAGAAAUUGGUAGAGCUGAAAAGAGAGAGAAGUACUCUAAAGGUUGGACUGCCAUCAAAACAUCCUGCAGUCUCUAGGUUUCUGGAAAGACUGAAAGACCAGGCACAGGCAGCAUUACAGCAAGCUUUUAGUGACUGUGGGUCUAACAAUGAAGAGAUUCAACAUUCACAAAGGCUAGAAAAGGAGGUCACAUGCUCAGGUCAAGAAAAGACACAGGGAUCUAUAUUCAGAAGAGACCGACUCAUUCAAGAAAAGCAACAGUUACAGAAGGAAAUUCAGGACCUCAGAAGAAAGUUAGCAGAGCUCGAAGUGAAAGACUGCCUGUUAAGUAAGGAAAUUAAGGAGGAAGACAGACUAAUUCAGUCCCAAGACGGUGAUAUUCCUUCCCUGCUGAACAUACCUCUCAGUGAGCUGCAGGAUAUGAGUAAAGCCCUGGAUGAAAUGGGGAACUCUGUCCAUCGAAACCACCUCUUCACUGAGCUUCCCCCUCACAUAAAGAGCCUCAAAGAAAGGGAACAAUCACUGAGCAAAACUAUUAAAGAGGCUACAGCAAAAAUUUUCAUGAGUCAGAAACUGUGCAGCAGCCUAAGAAAGAAAGCUAGUGAUAUUGAGACACAGCUACCAACCCUACACGAAGCCAAAGUGGUAGCCAUAUCAGGAAAUGAUUUCUCCACUGCGAAGAACCUGAAGGAAGAAAUUAGGUCCUUGAGCUCAGAGAAAGACAGGCUGGAAGAGCUCAUUGAGAAACUGCAGGCUUUGAGCACUGGUAACGACCGAGCGUUAGACAUGACGAAAGAGGACUACAUCAGGGUGAAACAAGAGUUGGAGCUCAAUGAGAUUCAGUUUGAAAAGAAUUUGAAAGACAAUGCUGCCAAGUACAUUGAAUUGUUGGAAGAUAAAUUAAACAGCUGUGGGAGUCUGUUGCUGGAGAGAGUGUGGGAAGCUGACUUGGAGGCCUGUCAUCUGCUUGUCCAGGGGCUCCAUUUGAAAGAGUCUGGAUGCUGCGUGUCAGAAGGGGAAGAGAGCCGAGCCGAUGAAACAGAGCCCAUGGAUGACCCAUGCUCAGAUACUGAAACCAAAAAGGAAUGUGAUUUUCCAAAGCUGGGUGUGUGGAAAGCUGUUGAAUGCUCUGAACAAAAGCCCACUGCAUUAACUGAGAAAUUGGAAGGGUUUUUUUUCGGCAAAGACAAUCAGCCUGAGGAUGCCUGCUGUGGCCCAGCCCGUAUAACAGAGCAGUGUGAAUCAAUCAGUGAGAAAUUGCUCUCCUUGGAGCACCAUCUGCAAACAGCUAUUCUACACCACGAUGAAGACCUUACUCAAUCUCUGCAGAGGGAGAUCCAGAUGGUGAAAGCAACUCUGCAGGCAAUGUUGAAGCAGUUACAGGCCUCCUCCGAGGAAGGGGAAAAGGAGAUGGAAGACUUCUUUGAUGACAGCUGGUGACUGGGACUGGGAGAAUGACAACCACAUCAUAUUUUAUAGUAAUGCACAGGGGACGGUUUUUAGUAACUAAACACUGCCUUUUCAAGUCCCAGGGAACCAGUAUAGGGGCAGACCCAGCAUCAGGUAGAGUAGCUGAAUCAGUUAUAUAGAAAAUGAGCCCUGGUGUCUAUCACCACAUGCCCUGCACAAUCAUUUCACUCGCUGACACGGUUUUACUGUGACUUUUUCAACUGGUGUGUUCAGCUCUUUUCAAGGAUUGGCUCGCUAUAAAAGGAUACUGGCCUAUUUCCUGGAGUAUCUUUAUCUGCAUGUAUGUGUUCAUUCCAUACAGUGUGACUUAGCAAAGGACGGUGUUUAUAUAAAGUAGGCUAGGAUUUUAACCACUUCAACAUUGCACGUUUUAAUAAUCUCUUAAAUUCAGGGUCCAUAAACUGCCUGCACAUUAAAAAGAGUUCUGACAUAUUUGGUUUGGCUUUUAAACCAAUGUUGGAACUAUUUUGCCCUUUUCACGGUUUGGAAUGUGCAAAUACCUCAAUCCUAUAUGCUAUAGUUAAAUGUUACUGCAUCAGCCUAAUAACUUCAUGUAUUUCAGACAAUGGUCUACUUUCAAGCAGACCACGUGACCUACAGCAAAGGCACACAUCAUGAAGUACUUCAUCUAUGUUUGAAAUAUUUGAAUAAUCUAAAAAAAGAACCAAAUGAUUCUGAACACAAUAAAAGGUGGGCCAGUAAUAAAGAUAGUAAAACUUAGAAAUGUAAUUGAUUGGCUCUCAUUUAGAAUAUUUUUUGGAAGACGGUUUGAAUGGCAGUAUUGCAUCUUAAAAUAUGGCUGCUUAAUAACAUUAAAUAAAAAAUGUUUAAAGAGUUAAAUAUUUUGAUGGAGGUAUACACUUUGUGGCUUAAACCAAAUCCUACUAUAGUGCCGGGAAAAAGUAUUUGCCCCGUCUGAUUUUCUGCAUUUUUGCAUAUUUUUGACACUAAAUGUUGUCAGAUCUUCAACGAAAAUCUAAUAUUAGGUAAAAAAGACCCUGAGUGAACAAAUAACACAAAAUGUUGAUACUUAGUUCAUUUAUUUAUUAACCCUUUGCGGUCCAUUUAUU